CCAUAAUAUUAUAUAAUGACAAUCCGUCUAGGGCAGUAUCUAGUUGUUUGCAUCUUCUAUAGAAUAACACCCGCAGAGAGAAUUAUGAUGUCCUGUUAAUUAGGCGCCUACCAACAUUAUUUACUAAACUACCACUUCCUCGAUAGAAGCAAUGGCAGAUACCCCCAUAACCACAGGAACAACUCCCUUGCCUCUCCCCGUGGACUCGCCAAAUGCGCCAUCUGCGACUGCAACCGCAACUGCGGCAGCAGCACGGGAGACCUCUAAAAAGGCCUCAGAGCUCCCGCCCGUAACAACGGGUACAUCCCACAAAUACAUCCACCGUCUAGCGAGCGCAGUCUCGCGCGCGUCAUCUACAGAUUCCCUAACCGUCCUCUUUCAAAGCGAGAAACUACCACCAGGCCAAUCAAUCACAGACAUAGAUACACCCGCCUUACAGCGCAUCAUCUAUGAAGCAUCAAAGGAACGCGCGAUUAGGAAGUUAGGAGCCCCUGGCGCGUUUAUAGUGGAAGCGGCAAAUUUCGCGGCUGCAGCGUGCUGGGAGCCUGCGCGCGUGGGUGGGCCGCACCUUACUGAUGAACGAUCGUUGGAUCAGAGACCGAUAUUUAGGGGCUUUGGGCAGGAUGUUAGUGCGUUGAUGCGCGAGCACUUGUACCCGCUUGCUGAGAGGGUUAGUGGGGGGAGGUACUGGAAGUUGAGUCUUAUGGCGAGGGAUCCGGCCGUUGAGUAUGUGCCUGGUGCUGUGAGAGUUGUGUUAGUCCCGUUCAUAGAGCGAUUUACGUCGGAACAGAACGAGGGUGGUCCCAUGCCUGUGUGGAUAGAAGCUGGUAGUGAACAUGCCCGCGCAAUCUACGCUCACUUCGGGUUCCGCGAGGUGGGCGUGAUAAAGGUUGGGGAUAUUAAGACAUGGGGCAUGAUAUACACUGGGAAUAUUGACACAAAAGGGACAGAUACUGACGUCAAAUAAUCAAUUGUGUCCCUCUUCCUAGGUGCCCAUUUCCAUUGAAGCUGUGAAUAUACCUAAGUUUAGAGCGAAAAUAGAGGGAGUCUGGGAUUAACAGAACUAAACAGUUAACUUGAGAAGAUAAUAUUCGACAGAGCCGCCUAGGACGCGCCUUGUAUAAUUAUUCAAUAUGUAUGAGUGAACAGGGCGUUUUGAUCUCUUUUAUACUCAGGUCGUGGUGCUGGUUCCAAGCGCGUAGCGUUUGGUGUUUGCUGGGGGGGAUUCUGCCAUGCCC